GAGCUGGGGUCUCUCCGCUGCAGACACGACGCAGGGCCUUGUUUUAGGAAUCUAUUCCAAAGAAAAAGAAGAUGAUGAGCCACAGUUCACAAGUGCAGGAGAGAAUUUUGAUAAAUCGAUAGCUGGAAAGCUGAGAGAGACUUUGAACAUAUCUGGACCACCUUUGAAGGCAGGCAAGACUCAGAUCUUUUAUGGUCUGCAUCAGGACUUCCCCAGCGUGGUGCUAGUUGGCCUCGGCAAAAAGGCAGCCGGAAUCGACGAACAGGAAAACUGGCAUGAAGGCAAAGAAAACAUCAGAGCUGCUGUUGCAGUGGGAUGCAGGCAAAUUCAAGACCUGGAGCUCUGUUCCGUGGAGGUGGAUCCCUGUGGAGACACUCAGGCUGCUGAGGAGGGAGCGGUGCUUGGUCUCUAUGAAUACGAUGACGCCAACCAGAUUUGCCGAAAUUAUUGAGAAGAAUCUCAAAAGUGCUAGUAGUAAAACUGAGGUUCAUAUCAGACCCAGGUCUUGGAUUGAGGAACAGGCAACGGGAUCAUUCCUCAGUGUGGCCAAAGGAUCUGACGAACCCUCAGUCUUCUUGGAAAUUCACUACAUAGGCAGCCCCAAUGCAAACGAACCACCCCUGGUGUUUGUUGGGAAAGGAAUUACCUUCGACAGUGGUGGUAUCUCCAUCAAGGCUUCUGCAAAUAUGGACCUCAUGAGGGCCGACAUGGGAGGAGCUACAACUAUAUGCUCAGCCAUUGCGUCUGCUGCAAAACUCAAUUUGCCCAUUAAUAUUAUAGGUCUGGCCCCUCUUUGUGAAAAUAUGCCCAGCGGCAAGGCCAACAAGCUGGGGGAUGUUGUUAGAGCCAGGAACGGGAAGACCAUCCAGGUUGAUAACACUGAUGCCGAGGAGAGGCUCAUACUGGCUGAUGCGCUCUGUUACGCGCACACGUUUAACCCGAAGGUCAUCCUCAAUGCCACCACCUUAACAGGUGCCGUGGAUGUAGCUUUGGAGUCAGGUACCACUGGGGUCCUUACCAAUUCAUCCUGGCUCUGGAACAAGCUCUUCGAGGCCAGCAUUGAAACAGGGGACCGUGUCUGGAGGAUGCCUCUCUUCAAACAUUAUACAGGGCAGGUUGUAGAUUGCCAGCUGGCUGAUGUUAACAACAUUGGAAAAUAUAGAUUUGCGGGAGCAUGUACAUCUGCGGCAUUCCUGAGAGAAUUCGUGACUCAUCCUAAGCGGGCACAUUUAGACAUAGCAGGUGUGAUGACCAACAAAGAUGAGGUUCCCUAUCUAUGGAAAGGCACGACCGGGAGGCCCACAAGGACUCUCAUAGAGUUCUUACUUCAUUUCAGUCAAGACAAUGCUUAGUUCAGAUACUCAAAAAUGUCUUCACUCUGUCUUAAAUUGGACAGUUGAACUUAAAAGGCUUUUGAAUGAAUGGAUGAAAAUAUUUUAAAGG